AGUGAUGUCGCUGGCAACAAUGAGUGGCAGUGCUUAAUUUCCGCUAUGUUACAAGUAUGUUAUGACGUCACUGACGUUGUUUCUCCGGUUGUAACAAAUUCCUCUCCCGAAGGGAAUAUUUGCGACAAUGGUAAGUUUUGUAUUUACAAUAGACAAAUUUAGAUCGCGGACGUCAAAGACGAUGUGAAAAUGGCGUGUUGUGCCCAUGUAUGGAUAUGCCACGCCAUUUUCACGUCGUUUUUGACGUCCGCGAUCAAAAUCUGUCUAAUUUGACGUUAUGUGACGCAAUUUAUAGCAAACUAUAAGGUACCCUAAAUAACCCAUGUCUCUACCUCAACCCAGUCCACUUACCGGUACGGAAUGUUGAGCACAGCCUUUUGAAAUAUGUUUGGUUUUAUUUUAAAACAAGACGCUCCAAGGAGACUGGGGCUGUGGGAAUAUGCAGCUUUAUGAUCACAUGAGAUCGGGACGAAGUCAAGCCGGAAUGAAACCGGUUUACAUGAGACCGGUUACCGGUACGAAAAUCACAAAAUUUUCAAUUUAUUCCCCUUGCCAGGCAAGUUUCUUUUUCAUAUGGCUUUUGUUAGCAUAUGUUGUUCCAAUGUCAAGGUUACAGCCGAGACUGGUCUGAAAUUUAUUUGUGUUUACAUUCAUCCCGGUCUGAAUUCAUGCCGGUCUGAAGUCAGUCGGCUCGGUCCAGCAGGUGGAAUGACUUGAGACCGGUCUGAGUCAUUUUCGUCCCGGUCUCAUGUAAACAUCUGUUAUAAAUUAUACUAUGACCGAAACGAAAUGGAUCCGGUUUGACUUUGUUCCGGUCUCAUGUGAACGGGGCCUAAGUUUUCGUGAUAUCCUUAUGUUGGGUUUAGACUUUGAGAACAAAGAGAUAAGACUUGUUAAAUUAAGGGCAAUAUAGACGGACGUUUCAGUGGGUAAAUUUGACCUUCUAUAGUCGGCAAUGGGCCUGUCACUUGAAAAUAAAGGAUGAUUGCAAAUGCGUAUAGGUCCUUGUCUAUUGCAGUAGAAUGAAGUAGUUGAAGUCAAGUCAAAUCAUUGCUGAAAAUUCUGAACGUCUCACCCAGGAAUCAAACUCGAAGAGAAGCUCAACUUAGCAGGACCUUUACCAAUAAGCCAUCACAUGAGAUGCCCGAUCUAGUGCAAAGUAUUGUCAUUAUGUAUUUGUCUUUACUUUGUUUUUUUCGUAUAGACAAUGACGAAAAUGACGAAGUGCUUGAUCAUUUUGCACCCAAAGCUCAAAUCCUGUUAGUUUGCUGUUGGCGAGCAAUGAAAGAAGUUUCUUUGUUGCUUGGGGAAAUAACUAAGCGUGCUCCAGUGAAGGAGAAAGAUCAAAGUUAUGGAUUGCUGAGUUUUGAACAGGUAUAUACAGUUUGAGAUGUUAGUUUAAUGUUAUCGUAACUAUUUCGCGAGUGAGUUGGAAAAUUCUCAAAACACGAAUCAAGUUUCUUUUGAAAAUUGAACCCAUUUAUCUUGGUAUAUUGAUCAACUCUCCCGAUACCAAUUUCUAAACUGUAAUCUCCCGGACAAAAUAUGUUAGAACCACCUGACAUUCCAAUCUAUGACUAUGUAUAACAACAAUCUUUGUGGUGAACUGGUUUAUUUAUGUUUAGUUCGAAGAAAUUGGUCAACUUUUUACGAAAAUCUUGUUGACAUCGAAACAUAGAGGAGCUUAUGAACUGGCACACGAAGGAUUUGUGAAGCUUUGUCAUAUGUUAUGGAGGUAAUGACUAAUGUAGCGCACAUAUCUUAGCGGGCAUCAGGUUUACAUUUGGAUUUUCUAGAUUUUCUCAUUGUACAUUCACAGCACGUUGCAUUUUACAAAAUAUAAAACCUAUUAUUAAACUACAAAACGAAGAAAAUGGUGUUAGAGAAAGGUUGAUUUUCACACUACAAGUCUCAUAUUUUCUCUGCGUUUCAGCUGUUAACCAUUAAAAUUUUAGGAGUGUUCGCACGGUUUAUUGUUUUGUAUUUUAAGGAAAGUUAAGCAUCUGAGCAAUAUUUUGUACGUCGUCAUCAAGAUAAUACAGACUCUGCAGUAAUCUGACACCAAUCUGGCAAUUGUUACUUAGCCAUAAAUGUUACUUGAUUCAAACGAUUAGUUAGCAUACAAAUGAUGAGUGUUUAUGUGUGGAAUGGUGAAAAUAGUUUUAUGAGGUGAAAGAUGGAAUUUUCCAUUCCACGAGACGACACCAAAUUACUGGAAAAAACCUUGUUCACAAAAAAAUAAAGUAAAACAAAAAAGUGCCAAUAAAUGUUUUAGUGUAGAAUUAAUAUGAUAGCAGCGGUCAUCGUAAAAAUUAUCGCAAAAGUUGCAGCAAAAAUAUUGUAAUUUUACACUCGCCAUCUCGUGAUCAUAAGCGAAUUCUUCAUGGAAGCCAAUUCUAACUAGACUUGGCCGGAUAACGUUAAAUAAAUUUGCACUUAUGUUUAACACUCUGUGCCUUCCAGAUGUGAACAAGGAGAGAUCCAGCGUCUUCCAGGGGUAUUCCUUACCAAGCUUCUAAAUGAUAUUUCUUCAGACAAUCCUACGCCAUGGUUGUGCGGCACAAGGAGGAGUGCUGGUUUACCGUUUUUCUUUAAGGUAAUUGAACAACAAAUAAGAUUUAGCAUCAAGUGGAAAAGACCUUUCGCCUCGCCCGUUUUUAGGUCUUGCACGGCGGGUUGUCCGUCUGCCACGCAGGCUACGGUAUAACUUGAUAUUGGUAUGGGUACCCCAGUAGAACCAUGAUCAGGAGCAAAAUUCAUUAACAUUAAUUAAACAUUCAAAGCAAACUUGUCCUGUUUAGGGUGUAUACAAAAACCUUGCAAAUUCCGCAAGAAUUUGUGAAAACCUUUUGCAUGCAUGCAUGCAUGGGCAUAGUUUGAGAUGUGCUAGUAAUAUCUUUACCACUAAACUUAUUUCCAAGGGUUGUUUUUAAAAAUGGCUUACGCCCAAAAAUGGAAGGCUUAAACGUAAUUGGAAUUCAUAAUUUAUCACACGUAUGAAUAGUUUUAUACAUGAAUGAUUUUAUACAUGUUUGAUUUCUAACAAAUCCUUUACAAAAAUUUUAAAAAUUAUGCAUGAAAGGCUACUACGGCAAAAAGUCCAAGCUUUACAGGUCGGACAUAAUGUACGUGAAAUAAUCUGGUACUUUGGUAGUGUAUAAACCAUCUUCUAAAUUUCCACUCUAUGAAUUAAAAUUGCGUUUAAGCCUUCCAUUUUGUGCGCAUGCCUCAUGCACUCGAAAAUUUACUUUUCAAAAUAAUUUUAAUGGUGAAGAUGCUGGCAUACCCCAUAAUAGCCAUGCUUGCAUAACGUUUUCACAAAUGUUGUGAAAUUUGCAGUUUAGCAGACAUUUUCAAACUGUGCAGGGUUUUUUAUACACCCUGUAUUUCACGAUUUGCCGUAGAGUGAAUCAAUUCUUUAAAAACAAAAUUGCUUGAAAGCUCAUUGUAUGAAACAAUUUUAAUAAUUGAAAUCUUGCAUACCCGGCCCCCUCCUUGCAAACAGCCAUAUUUUUGAGAUCAGUGAGAAUGACCACCCACGCACGUGGAUUAUUCUUGAAUAAUUUAAGACUAUUUGAAAUAUUUAAGACUUGAAUAUUUUAACAGGGUCCCACUGAACACCGCAUUGGCAAGUAGGUUCCCUCGAUAAAUAUUGUUAAUAAUAAUAAUUAUAAUAAUAAUGAGUCUAUUAUUAUUUUUUAGGCCAUUGUAACAACUGAGCCAAAUACAACUGGCAAAUGCUAUUUUAAAUCUGUUAUGAAAGGUACUACUUUAAUAUAAAUCUGAUAGCUGAGAUACAAUUUCAAUGCACGUUCAUGCGUUGCAUCUACACUAUAAUCCAUUCACAGAAUUACUGGAGCGUAACAUUUUUACUUUACCUUUAAGUGUCAUGAAAAGGUCUUUUUUAUUUUUACGCUGGAAUUUCUGGACACUUUUGCCGUUUAGAAUGCGUGAUAGACCCAAUACCUUCCAUCGGCCCGGGAUCUCGAUCGACUAAAUGCUGAAUUCUGAUAUCUUCCCUUAGUAAAAUAAUGUUUUUUACUCUUACAAUUAGAACUGUUAAAAACGGCAGCUAAACCUGUGAACACACAGGAUACAAAUAAGGAUACAACCUUACCUCAGGUUUGUUUCGUUUAUAUAUACUGUUGUGUGAUCAACUUCUCUAUCGAUCAGUACAGACGUUUGUCGUACUGUAUGAUCAACUUAAGAAUGAGUAUUUAUUUAAUGUUAUUAAUUUCAUUUUCCAGGUCCAUGCCAGAAACAUACUCCGUGCUCUUUACAAAGAGACUAAGUUGGGUGAAGAUGUUUUUCCGUACGUUGCUGACGGUGUUCACGUCGCUGUAGAGGGAUUCCUGUCAGAAAUAUGGGCUGUGAGUUGUCGUCAUUACCGUAAGAUUUUAAGAGUACAUUUGCUUCAUGUUUAACUUAGUAAAAUUGAGGCAUGUAUUUUUUCAUAUAGGUUCGCAAUUCUUCCACAUUGCUAUUCAGUGCAUUGAUGAACAGAAUAUUUGGUCCUCAGAGCGUUCAAGAAGAGAAACGUCGGCAAGGGUAUGUUUAACAUUUUCCAUUGCAUAUUUGGUUAACUAUUAGAGCGUUUUACUAAGUGUGACUUGGUAGUAAAUACCAAAAGAAAGCAUUGCAGACUUUGUGUUUAGUGCUAAAUUCAUGUAUAACGCUGGGGGCAUUUACCAACAUAUGUUGCUCCUUCGACACAUUCGAAGUUGCUGGGCAUUCUUCAAGAUAUAUAACUAGCAGGGCAAGGUCUUGCUUAAUAAAGGGCUUUCCCCACAUAGUUAGGUGUACAUUUGGACCAUUCUGUCUUUUAUAAGACUGCCGGAUGUCGAGAAUGUGAGAAUAUAUGAGAAGGCAGGCAGAUGCAGUUUUCUGCCUGAUUCUCAUAUUGAGAAGUGAGCUUUUCAUUGAAGGUAAAAAAGGUCCAACUUAUCUGAAUUUCUUGCUUCACUGCUGGGGCCAGGCUUUAUCCAGAGUCCUAAAAGAGGGCGUCCAAUUUUGGUAUAACAUUUACAGUAAAGGGGAAAACCUUUGAAGUUUACGUUACUUCAUGUCAGUAUCUGUUCCAAUCUCGUUCGACAUUUUUCAAACACACUUGGCUUUGUGAGUUUGUGCCGCUAUGCUUCUUUACUUAACUACGACAUUUUCAUUCAGCCAGGUACACUAUCAAAUUGAAGCUAUUUCGUUUCAGAUAUAUUAAUAUACUUAGGGAAAUAAUUGAAAAUAAUUUCCCUUUUCCCCCAGAAUUUGGGCGUCCAAAGGCGUCCAUUUUUCGUUAUAGGGGCGUCUCAGGACGCCUGGACGCCCUUCUGGCUAAAAGCUUGGCUGGGGCAAGCAAUGGGCCUACUGGGCUAAAUGGCCCAGUGGUUAAAUAGCAGAAUGCCCUGUGAGGUUGAUCACUAUGCGUAGAGAUUGAAAUCUUCGCACAUUAAUGUAACAAAAUUCCACUAUUGGUGAUUAUAAUGAUAUCUAUCAUAUUAAAUAUGCAUAUAGCAACUUGUUACCUUGUUUUAAUAAAGAAUUAUAUAUUCCUAUUCAUUUAGUCCUGGAAUUAAGAACACCACUAUGGACACCACAAUGUUAUGUUUUAUUUUUAUCUUUUCUUUAAAGAAUGACUGGUCGAGAAUUUUUUUCAAGAUUUCCAUCGUUACACUCGUUCUUGAUAAAGCAACUUGAAAUUUCUUUGAAAGGUGAUGAAAG